AUGCCACCCCCACCUAUGAACCGUAAUGUUGCCGACUCUAAUCCCCGAGGACCGGAUGUGACCAACCUGCCAAGGACCUGGAUAACCCCUGACGACUACUUCCACAAUCUGGCCAUGUCUAUGCCGGUCACAGAAGAUUCUACCAAUGCUAUCUCAGAGCCCAGGCUCGUGCUGUCUACCGUGCCCGUAAAUGAUCUAAGGAGUGCCAUUCCUCCCAACUGGACUUCUCAUGCUACGGACUUGUGGCAUCAAUAUCCUGAAAACUGGACACAGCUGGAUCACAAUUCCAACCCCUUAUUAUCGAUGCCCGUUUUGAAGCACCCGAUAAAUUCGGCGAUCGACACUCGUGAUGUUCCUGAUGGCAGGUUUGCUCAAACUGGCCAUCAGGGGCCCAAGCCGGGGUAUGUCUGUCCCAGACUAUAA